CACAGAGAUAGUCCUGAAAAUAAUCCAGAUACUCCGUUUGAGUUCACACCUGAAAACCAAAAGCGAAUAGAAGCGAUCGUAAACAACUACCCAGGGGGACACAAGUCUGCAGCUGUCAUGGCAGUACUAGAUUUGGCCCAAAGACAGCAUGGAUGGUUGCCCAUAUCAGCUAUGAACAAGGUUGCUGAAAUUUUAGAAAUGCCUCCCAUGAGAGUGUAUGAAGUAGCAACCUUCUACACAAUGUAUAACCGCAAACCUGUCGGGAAAUACCACAUUCAGGUCUGCACCACCACACCUUGCAUGCUGCGAGACUCUGACAGUAUUUUAGAAGCCAUUAAGAAGAAACUUG